AACUAAGGCAGGGACAUAAAUUUUUGAAAACCCUGGUUUUAGGGCUUAUCGAUCCAUCUCUCUCUGUAAUGGCGAACGAACAACAUUCACUUCCUCGUCCAUGGUUCCUCGAAUUGGUACCGUUGUUGGUGGUCAUCCUGAUCGCAGCUCACGUGUUAGCUCUGGUUUAUUGGAUUUAUAGACUAGCCACUGAUAAACAGCCUCAAAGAAGAAAGGCACACUGAGGAUCACUUCGUUACUUCAGACUGAGCCAAGAUCUCAUUCUCUUCGGUGAAGGCUUAUUUUAAAAGGAAUUGUAUAAGUUCUCAUGGUAGUUAAUUGGCACUUGUCUGUGCUGUAUAUAAGCACACAUGCUACAUGUUUGAUUAUAAUUCUUGCUUGGUGGGAACUGGAGAUAACAUGUACUUUUUGAUUAUUGGGUAAACCGUAAACAUCAUUAUAAUUUUGCACAUCUUAUGGUUUUCCAUUUAAGCUCUCAGAAUGGAGCAAAUGUAAACAAACUCUUAACACUGAUUUCAUUGCUACAGAACUAUAAUGUACAAAUGAAGACAUAAGUCAUAAGAAGGUUAUUUAUUAGGCUGAGAUUUUCUGUCAUAUUAGAUUAGUAAUUAGAGUAACAAAGGCUUCACUUUCCAAUUUCGGUCUAAUCCAAUAAAGUAUAGUUUGAAUUUUCGUUUCAAUCCUUCUUUGAUUUUAUGUUUUUGCAUUUAUUUCUGUUACAACUGCUGCCGAUUCUACUGUCAUUAUUAACUAUUGUUAUU